UGCUCCAUCAGCUGGAUGCUGACGUGGGUUCAUUGUUACUGGUCUGUUUAUGACCUCCAGGAGCUCAAGCUCUCUGAAGAUGUAGUGAACCGAAUGAAAGAAUCUCCUCAAAGUAAAAGGGACAACCAGAGAUCGCCCCGUUCAUCCAGUGGCACAGCUCCCUCUUCACCAGCUGCAGAGGGGAAACCCAAACCUCCUACAGGAAUCCAGCCACCAAUGCCAAGUGACUCUGGUCAGAAGUCUUCUGCUGCAGAGCAGGAACUGUACAGGAGGUAUGAGCAAGAACAGGCGCUGGUCCAGGAGGAGUUGCUCCGGCUGGCCAAAAGAGAAAGGGAAGCAGCUAGUGAGGCCUUGAACACUGCACUUCAGCGGGAGAGAAACAGCACUAAUGAAGAGAGGCAGAGAGCGGCCCAGCUGCCUGCGGAUUUGGACGCCUGGGCUGUGGAGCUGCAAGGCAGGGAGGCAGAGCUGAAGCGGCAAGAGGCCUUCUAUAAGGAGCAGUUGGCCCGCAUUGAGAGGAAGAAUGCAGAGAUCUACAAGCUGACGUCUGAGCAGUACCAGGAGGCAGCCGCCAAGGCAGAGGAGUGGAUAAAGAGGAGGAACACUGAUCCUGUCUGUGCAAGCCUGCAGUCUGAAAUUCUGAAGUGCUACCAAGAAAACAAACGUGAAGUGCUCAAAUGCUCAGAGCUGGCUAAGGAGUAUCAGCGCUGCGUUAGUGCAGCUCAGAAGGAGCUGUUAGUUAAUUCUAGAUAAACAUCAGCCACCAAAGAGCAGAGGACAGGGACCACAGAUGCCCUUGGAAGCCCCAGCAUCCUUCUGGAUAGACACUGACCAAAACCGGUGCCUUCUGCCCUUCGCGGUCCAAGACAACGACAUGAUUCCUCGUCUGAUUUCUGCAUGUAUCGGUCUCAGCGGAUGUUCCUGGAGUUAGGAGGAGGGUCCUGGGAGAGGGGGGGAUGCUAUUGCUUCCUUUUUUGUUGUAUUCCAGUGUAAAGAAUCAUACUGACCCCAGGUGCUUCCAGCACAACUUGUAGCUUGGAGGUUCGCUCAGCACGAGCCUGGUUCACCCUGUGCUAGCUUUGGUUUCACCAGUCCACAUCUGAGUUUCAAGAGCUGUUAUCUUUGUCCGUUUGCUCUGGGGAAAGGGGUCCAAAGCCUUUGGAAGUAACCCUGACCAGCUUGUUAGGAUUAAUUGUUCCUAGCCCGCUCCCAUUGGUUACACCAGUGGGCCUUUUCCUCCCUUCCAAGGCUCCCUCCUCAACAAUAAAGUGUUUAAUGGUCGCU